GGGGAGAGGGUUGGGGGUGGGGAGGGGGAGAACAGGGCGCAGGCAGGCUCAGCACCACGGAGAGCUCCCUCCCCGGCCCUUGCUUUGCUGCGGAGCUUCAGCCACUUGGGGAGGGAGGGGGUGGGGGGCCGAGGGCUCUGAGUGUGGAAUCAGGGGGAUGGCCUGGGAGGGGAGCGGGGGUUGGGGCCGGCAGAGAGCCCAGCCCUGAGCUUCAGGGCUACCAGGGAGCGGGGUAAAGGUAGGGGCGGAGGGCCCAGGGAGCAGAGGGGCGGCGGGCAGCGGCGGCAACACCACAUCUGGAUGGAAUCCAGUUGCGUCCAGUCCACCAUGGCUCUGGGACUGUCCUCUAAGAAAGCGUCUUCCCGAAACGUGGCCGUGGAGCGGAGGAAUCUGAUCACUGUUUGCAGGUUCUCCGUGAAAACUCUGCUGGAAAAAUACACGGCCGAGCCCAUCGACGACUCCUCGGAGGAGUUUGUUAACUUUGCAGCCAUUUUAGAACAAAUCCUCAGUCACCGUUUCAAAGGCCCUGUCAGCUGGUUCAGCUCUGAUGGGCAGCGGGGCUUCUGGGACUACAUCCGACUGGCCUGUAGCAAGGUGCCCAACAACUGUGUGAGCAGCAUUGAGAACAUGGAGAACAUUAGCACAGCCCGUGCAAAGGGCCGAGCUUGGAUCCGGGUGGCAUUGAUGGAGAAACGGAUGUCAGAGUAUAUUUCCACAGCCCUUCGGGAUACCCGGACCACCAGAAGGUUCUAUGAUGCUGGGGCCAUCAUGCUUCGGGAGGAGUCUGCAGUGCUCACAGGGAUGCUGAUUGGGCUUAGCGCCAUUGAUUUCAGCUUCUGUCUGAAGGGAGAGGUGAUGGACGGGAAGACUCCAGUUGUGAUCGAUUACACUCCCUACUUGAAGUUCACUCAGAGCUACGAUUACUUGACUGACGAAGAAGAGCGACAUAGCGUGGAGAGCAGUACCAGUGAGGAUAACUCCCCAGAGCACCCCUAUAUGCCCCUGGUGACAGAUGAGGACAGCUGGUACAGCAAGUGGCACAAAAUGGAGCAGAAGUUUCGAAUUGUUUAUGCCCAGAAGGGCUACCUGGAGGAGCUGGUCCGACUCAGAGAGUCACAGCUAAAGGACCUGGAAGCAGAAAACAAGCGGCUGCAGCUGCAGCUCGAAGAGGCAACGGUGCAGAAUCAGUUGGAGAAGCGGGAGUUGGAAGGGGUCAUCCUGGAGCUGCAAGAGCAACUGACAGGCCUGAUCCCUUGUGAAAAUGCCCCGCUAGUCCAGGUCUCCAAGGAGCUCACUUCAUCGCCACAGUGGCCGUCACUGGGGACACUCAAUGGGAACGGGGCAGGGAAUGACCCCAAGAUCUACCGGAGACACAGCUUUAUGAGCACUGAGCAGCUGUCUGCUGAGGCCAGCCUGAGCUCUGAUUCCCAACGGCUAGGAGAGGGCAAACGGGACCGGGAACCCUGGGGUCCCAUUGGGAAGGACCCGACGCCCUCCAUGCUGGGCCUCUGUGGCUCCCUGGCUUCCAUUCCCAGCUGCAAGUCCCUGACAAGCUUCAAAUCCAACGAGUGCCUCGUGAGUGAUAGUCCAGAGGGCAGCCCAGCCCUGAGCCCGAGCUGAGCCCAGCAGUGCCCCACGGGGCUGGACGUGCGGCCCUCCCCAAGUUCUUGUGGAUGAUGAGGCCACUUUUCCCAACCUCCACCCAUCAUCACUCCUCCCUUUCCAAUGGAAGAGCCACAGCUGACCUGGCAGCUUGGGAGGAAGGGGCAAGACGUUGGAUAGGAUCGAAAAGCUACCUGGUCUGGGAAAGGCCCUGCAAUACCACCGGGAAUAUGGGAAGGGAGGAGGGGAAAGGCCCUGGAUCGAGUUCACUCUUUUCCCCCAUCCUUACAUCAGGCUUUUGGGGAGGGGGAGAAGGAAAGGCUUGGGCACAGUCUCCUGGCAGUCUUCUUCCCCCUCUCAAACCUGGGGAGUUGGGUUAACAGCACCCACUCCUUACCACUUGUCUCUUGUCUGUCUCUAUGGAAACCCCUUGGGCAAUCCACCCCUCCCCCAGCCCCCUGGGUGGCUCAGUGGAGGGGAAGAGGCAAAAAUAAAAGUUGAAGAAAUGCGACUGG